GCAGCAAGCAGGAGCUGGGCAUCAGUUGUGGUACCUACCUUCACUAUGAACACUAAGAUCCUUGUGUUGCUGGGAGUGUUGGCUGUGGUGGCAGCUGAUAAAUUACCUUCACCAUCCUACGGUCCUCCUCCAGUGUCAUCUGAGGAGACUGAGCCUGCCAAAUAUGGCUUUGACUGGAAUGUCCAGGACUCUGAAACUGGCAACGACUUCGCCCAUCAGGAGGGUCGUGAUGAAGACAACACUAAGGGGUCGUACACCGUCCAGCUUCCUGAUGGUCGUCGCCAGACUGUGACUUACUACGUGGACGGUGACUCAGGCUACGUCGCUGACGUUACUUACGAGGGAGAAGCUCGCUACCCUGACUCUGAUGAAGUAGGUUCCUACUCUCCACCAGCUGCACCCAGUGCCCGCUACGGCGCUCCUUAGAGUGAAGCUGUGUAUUACACACCAACCUUCCACCAGCAACCCACCUACAACCCACCAUAUGUGGGGGAAUUAUUGCCAGAAACUGAAUGUUAACCCAACACAAGAAUAAUAUCUGCAAGAAUAUUUGUUAAUGUUAUGUGAUAAUUGCAUCACAUAAUACUUGUCAUGUGUUUACAGUGGCAAUAUUUAUCUUCUCCUCCUCAUUUCUCUUUUCCUUCUAUUGUAAAUAUGUAACCUACUUUAUAAA